GGCGCCGCGGGAAAGCUUGACGAAGCGCAUGGCUGCGGGUUGCUGCGAGUCUCCGCCGCCUAAGGCGGCCUCCGAGGGGCCGGCCGGCGUGUUGCCUUGCCUAGAGCUUCCGACCUACGCCGCGGCUUGUGCGCUGGUGAGUAGCCGUUACUCCUGCCUGGUGGCGGGGCCGCACCGAAGACACGUCGCACUUUCGCCGCGCUACCUUAACCGGAAACGCACCGGUAUCCGGGAACAGCUGGACGCGGAGCUGCUGCGCUAUUCCGAAAGCCUUUCAGGUGUCCCCAUUGCAUAUGAUAACAUCAAAGUAGUGGGUGAACUGGGAGAUAUUUAUGAUGAUCAAGGACACAUUCAUCUUAACAUCGAAGCAGAUUUUGUUAUUUUCUGUCCUGAACCGGGGAAAAAGCUUAUGGGUAUAGUUAAUAAAGUGUCAUCUAGCCACAUUGGCUGUUUAGUACAUGGGUGUUUCAAUGCCUCCAUUCCUAAACCUGAGCAGAUGUCUCCUGAACAGUGGCAGAUCCUGGAGAUAAAUGUAGGUGAUGAACUAGAAUUUGAAGUAUUUCGUUUGGACUCAGAUGCUGCUGGAGUAUUCUGCAUUCGGGGAAAGUUGAAUAUCACUAGUUUACAAACCAAGUGCUCUGCAGUUCCUGAAGAAAGAACAGAAACUAGCACUGAAGAAAUUAUUGAAAAACCUCUCAAGAAGAAAAAGAAGAAGAAAGACCCAGAGUCCUAUGAAGUGGAGAGUGAUAACAGAGAGCUAGCUGAUGUUACAGAUGCCACAAUGAAGAAAGAGAUAGACCUGCAGAUUGAUAAUAUGAAUGGCCUAUGGAAGGAUGAGCCGAAGAAGAAGAAGAAGAAGAAGCAGCAGCAGCAGCAGCAGCUGCAGCAGCAAGAUCAGGACCAGGAACCUGUUUUCCAAGGCAGUGACUCCAGUGGUUACCAGAGUGACCAUAAAAAGAAAAAAAAGAAAAGAAAAUACAGUGAGGAAGCUGAAUUUACCCCACUUUUGGAACAUUCACCUAAAAAGAAAAGGGGAAAGUAAUUUUCUUUAGUGCAUUUUAAAUAUUGUUUUUUAAAAAUUAAGAUACAACAGAUGAAUAAAUGUCAAAAUGGUAGGAGAUGUUUGUGUAUUCCAGUAGUCUACAAAACAGGAAAGAUUCGAUUAGAAGUUUUUGGUGCUUAAGUUAUUAAAGUGACGAUUACUGUGGGAAAUACCAAUAUUAUUAAACUGCCAUUUUAUUGUAUACAAAAUAAAAAAGAGCUGCUCUCUCAAGUCUUGCAUUUUUCCCGUUUUUACAUUCUAAAUAAAAUUAUUUCUAUACUCUGAAGACUGGCAAAAGGACUUUGUAUUAUAGUAUUAUUCAUAUCAUUGAAGAAUGAGUUUGAGCUUCAGUUUGUUUUUUAAAUAGGUUUGCCCUGUAGUCAUAAUAUAACCUGUGAUUUUUAGAUUUUGUUGGCUAUUACAGUGUUUCUGUGGUUCAACUUAGAAGGUUUUGCCAAAGGAGUUCCAUGCCACUAUUGUCUGUAGUAGGAAACAUUGUUCACUAUUCUUUCCUUCCAAAUGCAUGUUCUCUUUUUUUCCCUAAGAGGUUGGUAGAGAAGGCUCUUCUCUUGUACUUGUCUGCUUUUGCUGUGUUUGGAGGAGCACAGUCUAAUUAAGACAUGAUAAAUACCAUUUGUCCCUAGUGGGGGAAUUUCUCAACUCUAUAAUAAUUAGGUUAAAUACUAAAAACUGUGUAAGAGAAAAUUUCACUGAGAAUAUAUGGACUAUGUCUUUCUUAACUACUAGAAAACAUUGAGUAAUGGCAAGCUGGUUCAGGCUGAUUAUCAAUGCAUGGCCAUGUUCAUUGAUGUAAGAGUACCUAUGCAUCACUGUGUGUAAUACCUCUAAGGAAAAGACAUAUAAUGGCAGACUAGGAAGAUGUAGUUCGUUCUCUUAUGGAAUGGCAUAAGAGAAACAGAUGUGUACACAUAAGGAAAUACAGAAAAUGAGUAAUUCUGGUAAGUACUAAAAGACUAUUCACUGUUAUUGACUAUGCAGUGUUACUAAUAACACUUAUUCUGUGUUAAUCUCUAUAAAUGGAUGAAUGGUUGAAAUGAACUUCAUGUGGCAACUAUUUUAUUGCCAUUUUUCUUGUAUCAGAGAUGUAUAACUUUAAUUUUGUUAAUAUUUACAUCCUGCUAGUAGCAUAUCCUGAUCCAAAUCUGUAAUUAUAGAAUUCAGAAUUUGGGGAGGAGCAGACAUUCACACGUUUAUUCUCAAGUGACUUAGUAAUACCAGAUAAUAGAAAGAUACAGGCCAAUAUUUCUUUUCCUACAAUUUAAUGUGGGUAUUGAGCCCUUAAAAUAUGGCUAAUGCAAAUUGACAUGUGCUAUUAGUAUAAAAUACAAGAUUUUGAAGAUGUACAAAGAAUGUAAAAUAUCUCAAUUUUGUAUAUUGGUGAAAUUCUAUUUUUGAUAGUGUGUUAAAUAAAAUUUAACUUUAGCUUA